AUGGACGAGACGUCGUCGAGCGCGAAGGCGACGCGCGACGCCAAGGUGCGCGCGUUGUUCACCGCCCUGCUCACGGCGCGAUCGGUGCGAGAGGACGCGACCGCGGUGGAGGUGACCGAGGGCGUGUACGUCGGGAGCGUGGGCGCGGCGCGAAACGCGCGGGAGCUGCGACGAAUGGGGGUCACGCACGUCCUGGCGGUGUGCGACGGCGCGCCGGCGUUUAGCGAUGACGAGGGGAAUGGGUUUAUCAGGGCGACGCGCGCGGUGAAGGACUCGCCGGAGGCGCCGAUAGAGGAGACGUUUGAUUUCUGUUACGAUUUCAUUAGAGACGCUCGCGCGAGCGGCGGACGCGUCUUGGUGCACUGCUUCCAGGGUAAGAGCCGAAGCGCGACCAUCUGCGCGAUGUACAUGAUGCGGUCGCUCGGGAUGUCCUACGACGAGGCGUUGGAGAAGAUUCGCGCGGUGCGUCCGUGCGCGCGGCCGAAUUCGGGAUUCGAGAAGCGACUCAGAGCGCUCGAAAAAGCGCUCGCGGAGCGCGCGCGAGACGGCUCGCCGAGUAAGCGGCGUCGCCGUAGUCCCGAGAUCGCGUAG